AUGCUUCAUCGACCUACUCUUAUGCCUGCAUCAAUGAAAUCAUCCUCAAAAUUCAACUUAUCUACUAAUUCAAAACAUUUAUCUCAAUCAAGUAAAAUAGAAAGUUCAGAAUUGAUUCAACUACUUAACUGUGGUGAUGAUGAUGAUGAAAUAGUUAUUGUAGAACCUACAGAUCCAGAUGAAGACCGUAUGAAACAGGAAGAUAUAGCAUUUGAUGAUGUAUUAAACAAAGAACAAGAAGAUUAUACGGAGGAAGAUUACAAUGGGAAUGAUGGAGAUAUGAAUUCGGAUGACUCUCAUAUGAAAGGUGAAUCUCACAUCCCAGUGUCAAAUAUUAAAGUGGAUGAAGCCACUGGAAAUGCAACUCCAGUGACCGUAACCACAGAUUCGGUUAAACCUAUUGGAAUUUUACCUCUGAAUGAUGUGAUUCACAAUUUACUCACAUGUACACCACAUGUUGCUCCCACCAUACAAAAUGUUGCACUUCAACCUAUACUGUCGGGUAAAAUGAAUGGAUCGGGAAGUGUGCAAAUGCCGAAUGUUGUUUCCAAUGCAUUGCCUACAUUGUGGCUUCAUUCUCCUGUUGUGAAUUCAACGGAAAUGAUGAGUAUGCCUAAUGUGAAUAGUGUGACAGAUUUGACGAGUAAUAUUGUACAGAAUAGUGGGACUGCACUGAAUCCACUUGUUGCUGCUGUGCUUGUGAAUUGUGCCACAGUGAACAUGAUAAGUCAGCUAGCUGGAUCUAUGUGUACUCCGCUGGUGAACAGCAGUAUGAUCGAUGGUAAUGUUAAUGGUAGUAAUGUGAACAACAAUGGUAACCACACUAGUAGUGCUUGUAGUGUUAGUAGUGGUAGUGUUGGUGUUAGUAGUGGUAGCAGUGGAGUCAACACAUUAACAAUCCCUACAGCGUCAUUAUUUCCCAAUUUGUUAUCUGCUAUUCCGUUGUCUACGUAUAUAUCGGGAUUAGGACUGAAUACAACUGGAGGUAUAAUUACUUCACCAAAUAGUUUGUGUAAUGUUGGUGUUACUAGUACAGCUGUCUCGUCUGUUGCAACCCUUAAUAAUAAUAAUAUUGGUGGUGUGAUUGUGACACCAUCAAAUGUUGAGAAUAUUAUGGUUUCAUUGUCAUCUGGUAGAAAUCAAGCUAAAAGUGAUAACUUAUUAUAUAAUAUUGGAAAAUUCGAUGUAAACGAUUCAGUGGGGAAUGUUCUUAAAACAAAUACCAUUAAUAGAUUAACACCUACAGAUACUGAAUCAUCUGUGGUAGUUCCCUUUCCCACAGUUUCGUCCAGUAUUAAUUCUACUAAAGAAUUAAGGAAGUACCACUGUACAUAUCCAGAAUGUAACAAAUCUUACACGAGACGAUAUCGAUUAAACCUACAUAUAUCAACACAUACUGAUACUGGUCCGAUAUCAUGUGAUACACCGAAUUGCAACGUGAAAUGUUUUUCAGAGGAGGAUUUAAAAAGACAUAAAUUAUCUCAACAUUCAUCAGUUGAUAAGGAUUCGCGUCGUCGACAUGCUUGUACGUUUCCCGGAUGCAGUAGAUCCUAUUCAGAGUUGAAUAGACUCGAAGAACAUUUAAGAACUCAUAGUGGUGAAAGGCCCUAUGUUUGUAGAAAACCUGGUUGUGGUGCUACUUUCGCACGAUUAUCCGGAGUUAAAUCUCAUGAAUUAACUCAUGUAUAUGUCCGUAAAAGUUCUAAACGACUGGCACAAUAUCCUAUCACUAUGGUUGGUAACAUAUUCGGAACAAGUUUUGAUACUUCUGAACCAAUAUUGAAUAAUCAGGGUAGCUCUGAAAUAACUACUAUCUCACCACAUUUGUUACCUAAAUCAACAGAGUCAAUUGAAAUUACAAGUGAAAUAUCGAUAGCACCGAGUAUUCAUAAAAAUCGUACUCUUCCACUUAUUGCACCGAAAUCAAGUGCACCUCUUCUUAAACCAUCUAUUCCCACAGUAAGUUGGGAUUCCGGAAUGAACUUACCUCAUAUUUGUCCAUUUAAAGAAUGCGGUAAAGCAUUCCUGAAAAGAAAUAAACUUCGUGAUCAUAUAUAUCGACAUACGGGUGUACGACCAUUUGUUUGUGAUCAAUGUAAUGCAUCAUUCGUCCAAAGAUAUGAAUUACGAUGUCACACUUAUGUCCACCUUCGUGCUGCACGGCCUAGUAACUAAUAAUUCAUUAUAUUUUCUUACUAAUAUCAUCCAUCCAAUUAACAGCUAAUUAAACACUCAUAUGUUCAGUGAUUUUAGUUAUAAUUAUUGGUACUAUCGUUAACAAAAUCCAUGUUACCUUGUAAUCUCAUUGACCAGUUUUUGUCUGAACUUUAUAGUUAGUGAAUAAAUCGAUAUCUGGUUUAAUAUUCUACCUAUAUAUUGUAUAUAUUGUAUAAAUUGAACUGCUUUUAGAAGUUACUACCAUUGGUUUAUGUACAUUAUAUAUGUAGAAAGGAAACAUUUUGUAACAAUAUCUGUUUUAUUGAGUUGCUUUAUUCAUUCUAUUACACAUGUGGGUAUCAUAUGAUAUCAGGUUGUGUUUUUGAUCGUUUAUGGAAUACUUCACAUUGUGACGAUUUCUGAG